GUUUAGACCAGCGUUGAAGCCACGGGUCAGGGUCACCCUGCGAAUAUCUUCCUAUUUCCCAAGUUCUCCACCUUCCUCUUAACCCUCAUGGUCCCUCAGCAACGCCGGCCUCCUCCAAGCGCCCAGGAAUAUUACGCAGUACCACAGAGUCCACAGACUUCAUCUAUGCAGGGCCCUUAUAAUCAGUCCCGCCCACCAGCAAGGUCCGGUUCUUCAGGUAGCCAGAUGCAAUCAGGUCGGGGUGCCAUCGCACAAGGAGUAGCUAGUGGUCAAAUUGGCGGGGGAUAUGGUCCUUAUUCUUACAACCCAUCUACAUCGCAGAACAACGGCGUUCACAACCCUUCACGAUUCAGCGGCGCUGCCUCUGAGGUAUCUUCUGUGACUGGCGAGAAGCCCGCCGGUCCCCUAGGCACCUCGUCCACCGUCCCACCAUAUUUGUGGGACAUAAAGGACCCAGAUCUCGAUGACGCUCUGCACAAUCCAGAUCCUGUCAAUGAUGCCGCACUCGACAGUUCUUUCACAAUUUUCUCAGCACGAGGAUGGGCGAACGCAUCUGCACUUUUCAUCCUCGUCGUUGGACUCAUCACGCUCUUUGCUGGAUACCCCAUUAUACAUUAUUUUUCUUUAGGUGCCAACACAACACCGGGAUACAACUUGGGCGGAAUAAACGCAUCGGGUCAGAUACCAGUACUCCCUGGCAUGCCAAGCCUCGUGGAUGCAGCUACCCCAGAACAAUAUCACUCCCGAACGGGGAGUGAUGGGUACUCGUACACGUUGGUCUUCAGCGACGAAUUCAAUACAGAUGACCGAACAUUCUGGCCUGGAGACGACCCAUUCUGGGAAGCAGAGAACCUUCAUUAUUGGGCUACUGGUGACCUCGAGUGGUAUGAUCCACAGGCUAUUACGACUAAGGGCGGUAGCAUGAUAAUAACUAUGACGGAACAACCGAUAAACAACCUCAACUUCUUGAGUGGCAUGGUCACAACAUGGAAUAAGCUAUGCUUCACAACGGGAUACAUAGAGGUCAACAUCAGCAUGCCAGGAUCUCCUCAAGCUCCUGGUUUCUGGCCUGGUGCAUGGACCAUGGGUAACUUAGGUCGUGCUGGUUAUGGAGGCACUACUGAAGGCACUUGGCCGUACAGCUACGACUCGUGUGACGUAGGAAUAUUGCCCAAUCAGACCCAGAAUGGAGUCCCUGCUGCAGCGACCACAGGUGGACUUGGAGGCGGGCCUCUGAGCUAUCAGCCUGGUCAACGACUCCCGAGUUGCACUUGCUCCGGUGGAGACCAUCCUGGGCCUAAUACUCAGACGGGACGUGGAGUUCCGGAGAUCGACAUCCUUGAGACCCAAGUCGACGUCUCCGUCUUCCAAGGCCAAGUAUCGCAGUCCUUCCAGGUCGCACCGUACAACUAUCAGUAUGAGUUCGAUUCGAAUUCACCUGCCACGACCAUCCAGAACUCUGAAACCAAGUUCAACACUUACCCUGGGGGUGUUUACCAGCAGGCCUUAUCUGCGAUAACCUACAUCAAUAGCGAGAAUUACAACGGGCAAGCUUUCGCGCAGUAUGGCUAUGAAUGGUGGUCAAACCCUAGUAAUCGGCCAGAAGGAUACAUUCAAUGGUACAGUGAAGGCCAAGAAACAUGGAAAAUCACAUCUUCAACUAUUGGGCCCGAUACCACGGUAGAUAUCUCGGCGCGAUUAAUUCCUGAGGAACCUAUGUACAUUAUCCUGAACCUGGGCCUCUCCCCCGGGUUCCAGGAGCAGGACUUCAUGCACCUGCAAUUUCCAAGUGAAAUGUACAUCGACUACGUUCGCGUCUACCAGCGGCAGGGUAUCAAGAAUGGCGUAACCUGUGAUCCACCAAACCGCCCUACCGCGACUUAUAUCAACAACCAUCUGAACGCAUACUCCAACUCCAACCUUACGACCUGGGAACAAGCUGGAUAUACCUUCCCCUCAAAUACUCUCACCGGGUGUUGAGCUGUGCCCAUCCCCUUGUUCCGUGCUAUGCUAUUGUGUUGUUAGUCAUGAUCUCAUAACCAUACGCCCUGCUUGCAAUAUUGUACGACCGCACAGCUAUUACGCGCUGGACAUUUCAUCCUCCUUCACUCUAACCCUUAUUACACAAAACGGACGUCCCCACCCACGAUCGUGGCCACAUACUUACUGCGUAUCCAGACGCAUGGAACUUUACUUCUCUCGUUAUUUUGUUGGUCGGGAGACAUUCUUCCAUAGUCGUUACCUAUCGUAAAUAGGAUCCGGGACAUAACAGAGGAGAUGGUGAAAUAGAUGA